CUUAACGCAGCUAGAUGAGCUAGAUGACGUCUACGUUAGCUCCCGGUAUGAACACGGGCGGACCGGUGUCCUCCCUUAAUUAGUCGCUUUCAGGCCUCUCGGGACGGACGCACCGAACUGUCCGGUGUUUAAGCUCUCACAACCGGCGUUAACCGACACUCUCCGCCCGGUGUUAACGAAAGUUUUUUGGUUAGAAAGUGUUUUCGUUUGUGCGCAGAUAACGGUUCGGACCGGGGAGAAACCGGGGCUUUCUGCCCUCUACAUUAACGCCGAAUUAACGGUCACUUUUCCCGCAGAUGUCCCGGUACAUCAGCAGCUCUUGACCCGCUUCUUUUUUUUUGUGGAUGUUACCGGGAAAAAACUAUGGAGUUUCGCUGGAGCCUCUCCCGGUGCCCCGACAAGGUGAGGUAACGGGAACGGGACACACACACGUCAGACAGCGGCGACCUGUUGCCGGUUGCCGGUGACGCAGAGAGGAUGAACGGAGCUCCCGGAGAAGCUGCCGUGCUGCUUCUGCUGCUAUUCUACGGCAGGGUCGCGUUCACUGCUGCCCGGUCCCUGAACGCACCGCGGGUCCGAGAGGUUCUGCCUCUGGACGGACAGAAGGACGGUACCGACAGCCUGACCGCAGCCGUGACAGGUGUGGACAGACGGCGGCGUCUCCUGCUGGACAAAACUCGUCCUUUCUUCCUGGUGGGGGGUCAGAGGAGGAGCCUCGCUGAAGCUCUGCAGGGCGGUCACCCCGACAGGCUGCAGUGUGGACUGGAGGUGGGAGGACGAAUCUUCCUGCUGGACCUGGAGAAGAACCAUGACCUGCUGCCCAAACCGCCCAACGUCUUCUACUACCUGCCCAACGGCACCGGUGUGUCUGUGAGAGCCAGCACCGUGACUCACUGUUAUUACCACGGCAGCGUCCGAGGAUUUCCCCGGUCCAGAGUGGCUCUGAGCACCUGCUCCGGACUCCGCGGCAUCAUCGCCAUCAACUCCACGCUGAGCUUCGAGCUGCAGCCUCAGGAGGACGAGCAUCAUCGGGACGGGGGAGGAGGGGAGAGGGGGGGAGACGGGAGUGGAGGAGGAGGAGGAGGAGGAGGAGGAGAUGAAGAAAGAGGGGUGCACCUGCUGUUCUCCACCAGUCCUCUGGAAGGCGACAGCAUCGGUGGCUGUGGGGUCUCACACACCGCUGUACCGCCCAUCCACAGCUCCACACACACACACAGGAAGAAGAGAGACAUCCUGUCUGAGACCAAAUACAUCGAGCUGGUGCUGGUGGCUGACCACCAGGAGUUUCUGAACUACCAGAAGAACAACAAGACGAUCAUCUACCGCAUGCUGGACGUGGCCAAUCAGGUGGACUGGUUCUACCGUCCCCUGAAUGUGCGCGUGGCGUUGACCGGUCUGGAGAUCUGGAGUGACCGCGAUAAGAUCCGCGUGGCCAAGAGUCCCACCGACACACUCAACAACUUCCUGGACUGGAGGACCAAUGAGCUGCUGCCGCGCCUUCGCCACGACAACGCCCAGCUCGUCAUGGGGGGCUCUUUUGACGGCACCACGGUGGGCAUGGCGUCCCAGUCCUCCAUGUGCUCCAGAGACCGGUCGGGGGGGGUCAACGUGGACCACCUGGUCAGUGUGCUGGGCGUGGCCUCCACUGUUGCUCAUGAGCUCGGUCACAACCUGGGGAUGAGCCACGACACGGCCGAGCGGCGCUGCUCCUGUCAGAACGAACCGAGGCUCGGAGGAUGCAUCAUGGAGCCUUCUACCGGGUUCAUGCCGGGGCAGCAGUUCAGCAGCUGCAGCGCUGCAGACCUGUCUGUCUCUCUGCUCCAUGGGGGGGGCAUGUGUCUGUUCAACGUGCCCCAGCCAGACCGCCUGCUGGGGGGGCCGCGCUGUGGGAACCUGUACCGGGAGAAGGGGAGGUGUGACUGUGGUCUGCUGGAGGACUGUGAGGACCCAUGCUGUAACGCCUCCACCUGUCUGCUGGUUCCUGGAGCUCAGUGUUCGUCUGAUGGCAUCUGUUGUCACAACUGCAAGCUGCGGGCGGCAGGUUCGAUGUGCCGCGAGCCAAUCGGAGAGUGCGAUCUCCCCGAGUUCUGCACAGGCUCCUCCCCCUACUGCCCCCCCAACGUCUUCCUGCAGAACGGAGGGCCCUGUGAGCACGCUGAGUCCUACUGCUACGAAGGAGUCUGUGCCAGCAUGCACACACAGUGCCAGAUGCUGUGGGGGCCCAAUGCCACCAGUGCUCCCCCUGUCUGUUUCUCAUCGGUGAACAAACAAGGAAACAAAUAUGGAAACUGUGGUCAGCUGACCAACGGCUCCUACAUCCCGUGUGGAAGCCCGGACGUGCACUGCGGCAGGAUCCAGUGUCAGGGCGGCAGGGAGCGCCCCCUGCUGGGCACCAACGCUGAGAUCCUGACCACCACGGUCCGCUUCAACCACAGUGACCUGGUCUGCAGAGGGACCUUCUUCCACCUGGGGGACGAUGUCUCGGACCCAGCCACGGUGGCCCAGGGCACGGCCUGCAGCCCCGGCAGGGCGUGUUUGAACCAGAAGUGCCAGGAUGUGUCAGUGUUCGGGGUGGAUGAGUGUCGCAGGAAGUGUAACGGACACGGGGUGUGUAACAGUAAUAAGAACUGUCACUGUGAGGUGGGCUGGGCUCCUCCAGACUGCAGGUACUCGGGCCAUGGAGGCAGCGUGGACAGUGGACCGGCCAGAGCUGCUGCAGCUGUGUGGAAGCCACAGAAAGAGGAUUCUGGGACACCGGUGACGGAGCGAGAGGACGGCAGGAACGGCGAGCAGGUCCGCCCCCUGAGAUACCACCUGAACCCCCCGACGGACAUCCCCCUGACCCCCCCGCACAAAGAGGUUAAUGACAGACCUGCUCCUCCCACUAAGCCACUCCCCCCCGACCCCGCCUUAACAACCCUGCCGCAGGUAACCUCACCUGGAGGAGUUAAGGUCUGAGUUCCUGGGCUGCUAACGAGCCUAACGAGCCGAU